AUGGAUACACCCAAAGAGACUCCUAAGAUUGUAAAGAUCAGAAAACCUAGACAACCCAGGGGCACUAGAGACAAAACCAUCAAAAUCAAGCUCACUGCCAAAAAGAACAAGGCAAAAGACAAUGAAGAGAGACACGUUAUACUGCCUGAAGACGAAGACGAAGAGCCAGAGGCAGCCAUUGAAGAGCAUAUGAUAUUCAGGGUUCCAGAAGGCGACAUGUGCAAUCGUUUGCAUGAACUGGUGAAAAAGAGAGAGAUACCAGACGAUGUCAAGAUCCAUUUCAAAGACAGUCGAAAGGGCUACUUUGUGUUUGAAGGUCGCAAAUACGACGUACAACUAGUGGAUCUACCGACCAUUAUCGAAUCACAAAAGACACUGGAUAAGAAGCAGUUUUACAAAGUAGCAGAUAUAUCCCAAAUGUUACUAGUUGAUCCUACGUCUGGGUCAGAGCCAUUUAUACCGCAAACAAACAGUCGAUUAGAAACAGAUCCUUAUAGCUAUCCGCAUGGUCUGACACCGCCAUUGAAGCAUGUUCGCCAAAGAAGAUUUAGAAAGAAACUGUCGAAAAGAGCUAUUGAGGAAGUGGAAAGAGAAGUUGAAAGGCUAUUAGAGAUUGAUGCGACCGCUGAAGACGUACAAUAUGAGGUGAUUGAUAAUAGAGAAAUGGAGGUUGAAUCUGAUGCUGGUACACAAGAUAUCGAUAUUGAUGACAGUGGAGAUGAGAGUGAGAGCGAUGAGGAUUUGGCAGCAGCCAUUGAUCGUGAUUUAGAGAUGAUGGAUGAAGAAGACGACGAUGACAAGGAUGAUGAUGACGAGGACGAGGACGAAGAUGAAGACGAAUCCGAAGAGGAUGAAGAUGAAGAAGAAGCGGCUCAAACAGGCGAGAUUGAACAAAAACGUCAAGAAAUUGCUGAAAUCAAACAAGCCAUCCAACGCAAAACGCGCGAUUUGUCAACUGCUCCCAAUGCUAUGCUUAAGAACCGUUUCGAGACGGAUAUCAAUAACCUGAAAAAGGCAUUGACCCUGAAAGAAGCUCAUCUUGCUGAAAUGAAUGAAAAGGAAAAGGACAAGCAGUGA